AUGUCUAAAUAUAAUGAAUCAACUUUGCAUCUCGAUAGUGACAGUGAAGAGGUGGAAUUCACUAGUGUUAAUGGUGAUGGUAGUGAUAGAUAUACGUUGGACAAAGAGGAUUGUAAUGGUCAUAAAUGUUUAAGUGAAGUUACAAAUGAAGAUAUAAGAGCUAUGGAAUUUAGCACAAAGGAAGAAGCGAUACAAUUUUACAUAACAUAUGCUCAUUUCCAUGGAUUUGCGGUAAGGAAAGAUGAUGUUGUACGUGAUCAUGAAAGGAAAAUUGUUGUCCGUCAAUUACUUUGCAAUAAAGAAGGAAAGAGUGAAAGAAAAAAUAAGAAGAAUGAGGAUAAAUAUCGACCAACUAUGCGACCUGGCUGUCUUUCUAGAUUUCGAGUAGCCUAUGAUUAUGUUCGUAAGCUUUAG